CCCGGUAGGGGUGUCCCCGGGCACGCGGCGGAGAUGAAGCUCUUGAAGCAGUGGUGGUCAACCGGCGGCGGCCUCCUACACCUCACCGUGCUACUGAGCUUGGCAGGGCUCCGCAUAGAUCUGGACCUGUACCUGCUGCCGCCGCCGCCCACCCUACUUCAGGAUGAGCUACUGCUUCUAGGUGGUCCGACCCGCUCUGCCUAUGCGCUCAGCCCCUUUCCAGCCUCCGGUGGGUGGGGGCGCACCAGCCUGCUUCACCCCAAGGGCCGGGAGCUGGACCCUGCUGCGUCACUCGAGGGCCAGCUGCUCCGGGAGGUGCGCGCACUCGGGGUCCCCUUCAUCCCCCACACUCGGGUUGACGCAUGGUUGGUGCACAGCGUGGCUGCCGGGGACGCGGCCGGGACCCAUGGGCUACUUGGUGCCGCCGCCUCGUCGGGUGCGGGUGUGGACGGCGGCAGCCAGGCAGCGCCGGGAGGCGGCGGGGGCCCCCGAGCGGGUCGCAGUAGCCCUUUGGCCGCCGAGGAGGAGAAGGCACCCGUGGAACCGACGGCGCAGGUGCCGGACGCUGGCGGACGCGCGAGCCAGGAGAAUCAAGUACCAAGAGAGAGGUAUGAAGGUAUGGAUCACAGAUCUGAGGAGGAAAAAAACGAGGAAAGGGUGUCCGGCCAGAAGGAGAAAUUACAACAGAAUAAUGAAGAUGAAAACAAAGUAGCAGAUAAACCUGAGUGGGAGGCGGAAAAGACUGCUGAAUCUAGAAAUGAGAACAUCUCAGAAGAUUUCCCACCUCUUCUAGGGAGUACCAGUGAUGGCAUAAAUUUUACCCAGGCUAUAAGUCAUGAUGUCAAUCUCCAUGAGGCCAUGUUGCUGUAUCCCAACACCACAUUUACAAGAGAUCCCGUAGCAAGGACUUCACAGGCACAGGAACAAUUUUUGCAGCUGAAUUUUCAUUCCAAUCCUGAGCAAACCCUUCCAGGAACUAAUAUAACAGGAUUUGUUCCACCUGUUGACAAUCAGAUGUGGAAUCUAACAAGCCAAGACCUCCUGUAUGACCUUGAUGCAAAUAUACUUGAUGAGAUAAACUUAUUGUCAUUAGUCACAGAAGAAAAUUUUGAUCCCAUGGAAAUCUCUCAGCUUUUUGAAGAACCAGACUCAUUGAAUUCAAGUCACCAUUGCAAUUUUUCUCUCUCGGUGUGUGAUGAAGAAGGUGCUAUAGGUUAUAGUAGUGACCCUGUUUCUCCUCAUUAUGACUUAGAAGGGGCUGUAGGAGGCUACUACCCAGAAUCCAGUAAACUGUGCCACACGCAUCAGAGGAAUGAAUCUGGUUUUCGUGGGGAUCUCACAUUUCACGUAUUUCAUGACCACACUUACCAUACGAAGUCAGAUGAACUAGAACCCACUUCUGAAUCGCUUUCAUGGCCUGGGAAAUCACAGAAAGUGAGUAGGUACCUCAAUGAUACACAUAGAAAUCUAAGCCGUGAUGAACAACGGGCUAAAGCUCUGCAUAUCCCUUUUUCAGUAGAUGAAAUUGUCCGUAUGCCUGUUGAUUCUUUUAACAGCAUGUUAAGCAGGUAUUAUCUGACAGACUUACAAGUCUCGCUCAUUCGUGAUAUCAGACGAAGAGGGAAGAACAAAGUAGCUGCCCAGAACUGUCGUAAACGCAAAUUAGACAUAAUUUUGAAUCUAGAAGACGAAGUGUGCAAUUUGCAAGCAAAGAAAGAGACCCUUAAAAGAGAACAAGCCGAAUGUAACAAAUCAAUUACCAUAAUGAAACAAAAACUGCAUGACCUCUGUCAUGAUGUUUUUAGUAGGUUAAAAGAUAGUGAGGGUAGGCCUGUUGAUCCAAACCUGUAUGCACUUCAGUGCAAUCAUGAUGGAACUGUUUUGAUUGUGCCCAAAGAACUGGUGACGGAAGGCCAAAAGGGAAAAAGGAAAAAGUGA